UUCAUUGCGGUCUACAGAAAUGUAACUUCUAGCAGUUCUAAGAACUCUGACGACUACGGCGAGCUUCUUGCGCGUGGGUCGCUUUGUGUUCGUUUUAUUUUUUUGGAGGCUCCAAAAAAUAAAACGAACAUGCAAGAUCAUAAGCGACCCACGCGCAAAAGCCCACUGUAG